AUGGUCCUAAAUAGCCGCCGCUCCUCAGAAAGACGCGACGGCCUACUCCCGUCUCCCAGAUCCGGCAACGUCCACCCACUCCGUCGCGAUCGCGGAUGCUUCGUCGAUAGUAUAAAUCUCCACACCGUUCCUGGGAUCAAGCCGGGGAUCAAGCCGGGGAUCAUAAUGCUCGAGGUCGCUCUGAAAGACCUCCUCUCCGAAUCGCGCAGCAUCUACUACACCACAGAGAGCAAAGCAGAUCUUGCUGGCUCAAAUGCAGAACGACAAGUCGACCUCCUUCUGAAGGCUAGCAGUGUCCGUCCCUCGCUGCAAGAAACCAGCCACAACUGGAAAGACAUAUUGGUGAUUGGUGAACUAAAAAAAUCCGAGGGGGAAAUCAGGACCAAAAAAACCCUGCUGCAGAUGAGCUGCUAUGUGCGUGAAGUCUUCAUUGCUCAGCCCACCCGACGAUUUGUCCAUGCAUUUGUUGUCUGUGGUACCAAGAUGGAGACAUGGGUGUUCGACCGCUCUGGUCCCUACAGCUCAGGCAUCAUUGAUGUCUAUGAUAACUCAAAACAAUUCUUUCAGGUGCUUGUGGGCUACACCAUGAUGAGUGAUGAGGAGCUGGGACUGGAUACUUUUAUCACUAGAAAUGAAAAUGGCAGCAAAUCGAUAACCAUCAAGGAGUUCAGAGGCUCAGAGGAAAUGGUGCUGCAGCUGGAUAUCCAUCGAAAGUCAUCUUCCAGGAAACGCAAAUUUUCAGGCAAGGUGAUGAAGGCAUCCAAGCGAUUACGUUCCGCCAAUCAACAGUCAAGAGACACCCAGGGGAAUGAGUUAACUUUGUCCAUUGAGUCUGUAAACCAGCCAAGCCUUUUUGACAGAAAUGACAUGGAUCUCUAUGACAAUCAAGUUGGAAGCGGGCGAAGUGGUGCGCAGCAUCGGACUGGCACAAUGGAGUUCAUGGCAAUUGAAGUGCUGCUCAAUAUCGACCAUACCUAUCGGCAUGAUCUCGAGUCAUUCUUCUAUGUGCUUAUCUGGCAAUGUGUCCGUCGCGGUUGGGAAAAGUUAGAUAAGCUACAGAGACAGGGGCAGCCCGAAGAAAGCGCGCUAAGAGACUGGGACUUAUAA